AUGGAGCUGAGCCUCGACGGGCUGGGCAACCUGCACCAGGCCGGGGAGCUCCUGAGCCCCGCCGGAGCGCACGCGAGGCAGCCCCCUCCGCCGCCGCCUCCCCCGCCGCCGGCGCACCGCAACCUGGUCUCGUCGCACGGGCGCCCGGCCAUGGUGUCGAGCAUGGCCACCCUGCUGGACGGCGCGGGCGACUACCGGCCGGCCGAGCACAGCCUGGGCGCGCCGCUGCACCCGGCCAUGAGCAUGGCGUGCGACUCUCCGUCGGGGAUGAGCACCUACACCACGCUGACGCCGCUGCAGCACCUGCCGCCCAUCUCGACGGUCUCGGAGAAGUUCCACCACCCGCACCACCACCACCACCACCACCACCACCACGCCGCGCACCAGCGCCUCUCGGGCAGCGUCGGCGGCGGCUUCAGCCUCAUGCGCGAGGAGCGCAGCCUGGCCGCCUCCAUGGGCAACCUGUACGGCCACUACCCCAAGGACAUGCCGGCCAUGGGGCAGCCCCUGUCGCCGCUGGCCAACGGCCUGGGCGGUCUGCACAACGGACAGCAGCCGCUGCCCCCCUACGGGCCCGGCGGCCCCCUGGCCGGCGACAAGCUGCUCUCGCCCAACGGCUUCGAGCCGCACCUGCUGAACCGCGGCGAGGAGCACCUGGCCCGGGGCCUGGGCGCGCCGGGCGCCGCCGGCAUGAUGCCCGUGCUCAACGGGAUGCACCCGCACGGCCACGCGCACGGCCAGGCCAACGGGGCGCUGCUGGGCGAGCGCGAGCGCCAGGCCGCGGCGUCCGGCUCGCAGGCCGGCGGCGGCGGCGGCGGCGGCUCCGGGCAGGUGGAGGAGAUCAACACCAAGGAGGUGGCGCAGCGCAUCACGGCCGAGCUGAAGCGCUACAGCAUCCCGCAGGCCAUCUUCGCGCAGCGCAUCCUGUGCCGCUCGCAGGGGACCCUCUCCGACCUGCUGCGCAACCCCAAGCCCUGGAGUAAGCUGAAGUCCGGCCGCGAGACCUUUCGCAGGAUGUGGAAGUGGCUGCAGGAGCCCGAGUUCCAGCGCAUGUCCGCCCUGCGGCUGGCCGCGUGCAAACGUAAAGAACAAGAACAGCAAAAAGACAGGAACCUGCAACCCAAGAAGCAGCGGCUGGUCUUCACGGACCUCCAGCGCCGCACCCUGAUUGCCAUCUUCAAGGAGAACAAGCGCCCUUCGAAGGAGAUGCAAAUGACCAUUUCGCAGCAGCUGGGCCUGGAGCUUAACACCGUCAGCAACUUCUUCAUGAAUGCUCGCCGACGGUGUAUGAACCGCUGGCAGGAAGAGCCAGGGACCAACCCGGGAGUCCCUUCCUCGUCCACAAGCACUUUUUCCAAAGCAUGA